GUGAGAUGUCCUGCCCCUCCUAUGAUUCUGGCCAUUACUCAGUGGCUGCACCUCAAGCGGCAGGCCAGCAAGUGCAGCACAGAGGACGAGGCAGAGGACGACAUGGCAGCUAUUCUGGAGAGUAUCUUCCUGAAACGUUCACAGCAGAAGAAGAAAACAUCUCCUCUCAACUUCAAGAAGCGCCUCUUCCUCCUGACAGAAAGCAAGCUCUCCUACUAUGAGUACGACUUCGAGCGUGGACGGCGAGGCAGUAAGAAGGGGUCAGUGGACAUCGAGAAAAUCACCUGUGUGGAGACGGUGGUUCCAGAGAACAACCCACCCCCGGAGCGGCAGAUCCCGAGAAAGGGAGAAGAUUCCAAUGAGAUGGAGCAGAUCUCGAUCAUAGAGAGGUUCCCAUAUCCCUUCCAGGUGGUGUAUGAUGAAGGACCCCUCUAUAUCUUCUCACCAACAGAGGAGUUACGCAAGCGCUGGAUCCACCAGCUGAAGAGUGUGAUCCGCUACAACAGCGACCUGGUACAAAAGUACCACCCCUGCUUCUGGAUUGAUGGACAAUACCUGUGCUGCUCUCAGACGGCCAAGAAUGCCAUGGGCUGCCAGGUCCUGGAGAGCAGGAACGGAAGUUUAAAAACUGGACGGUCUCAUCGCAAGACAAAGAAGCCUCUUCCUCCAACGCCCGAGGAGGAUCAGAUGAUGAUGAAGCCACUACCCCCUGAGCCAGCUCCCAGCAUGCCAGGUGAAAUGAAGAAGGUUGUGGCACUUUAUGACUAUGUGCCAAUGAAUGCACAGGACUUGCAGCUGCAGAAGGGGGAAGAGUACUUCAUUCUGGAAGAAAGCGAUAUACCUUGGUGGAGAGCCCGGGACAGGAAUGGGAAAGAAGGUUACAUCCCUAGCAAUUAUGUCACAGAGACCAGGGACUCUCUGGAAAUGUUUGAGUGGUACUUGAAAAACAUAACCCGGAGCCAAGCAGAGCAACUGCUGAAGCAAGAGGGGAAAGAAGGAGGUUUCAUAGUGCGAGAUUCCACCAGCAAGACAGGAAAAUACACAGUCUCAGUAUAUACCAAGUCCUCUGGGGACCUGCAGGGAACAAUCCGCCAUUACGUGGUAUGCUCCACACCCCAGAACCAGUAUUACCUGGCAGAAAAGCACCUCUUCAACACCAUUCCGGAGCUCAUCACAUACCAUCAGCACAACUCUGCCGGGCUUAUAUCCAGACUGAAAUACCCAGUGUCUCAAUACCGAAAAAAUGCUCCUUCCACAGCUGGACUGGGCUAUGGGUCAUGGGAGGUUGAGCCAAAGGAUCUGACUUUUCUGAAAGAGCUGGGGACUGGGCAAUUUGGAGUGGUAAAGUAUGGGAAAUGGAGAGGCCAAUACGAUGUGGCCAUCAAGAUGAUCCGAGAAGGAUCCAUGUCAGAGGAUGAGUUUAUCGAUGAAGCCAAAGUUAUGAUGGACUUGUCUCACGAGAAGCUGGUGCAGCUGUAUGGGGUCUGUACCAAGCAACGACCCAUCUUUAUCAUCACAGAAUACAUGGCCAACGGCUGCCUCUUGACCUACUUGCGGGAAAGCAGACAGAGGUUCCAGCCCUCUGAGUUGCUGGAGAUGUGCAAGGACAUCUGUGAGGCCAUGGAGUAUCUGGAGUCCAAGCAGUUCCUGCACCGAGAUCUGGCUGCUCGCAACUGUUUGGUGAAUGACCAGGGGAUUGUGAAAGUCUCUGAUUUUGGCCUUUCCAGGUAUGUCCUAGAUGAUGAGUAUACAAGCUCAGUGGGGUCCAAGUUUCCAGUGCGGUGGUCCCCCCCUGAAGUCCUGAUGUACAGCAAGUUCAGCAGCAAGUCCGAUGUCUGGUCUUUUGGCGUUCUGAUGUGGGAGGUUUACUCCCUGGGGAAGAUGCCGUAUGAGAGGUUCAACAACACCGAGACAACGGAACACGUCAUCCAGGGGCUGCGCCUCUAUCGGCCUCAGCAGGCCUCAGAAAGGGUCUAUGCCAUCAUGUACAGCUGCUGGCAUGAGGUAGGCUUCCUCCCAGCACUGUGCGUCCCAGGGACUGGUGCCUAUUGCAGGGCGCCUCCCUCAUGCUCUGCCCAACCUCUAGCGCCACUGCUGCUUGGGCUCGGUCUGCCUGUAGGUCCCACCUCAACUGCCACAACAGCGAGGGCUGGGGACAGGCAUCUGCCACCGCAGCGAGCACUGCUAGAGACUCCGCGUAGGGACGCUCACCCGUGCGUGCCUGAUGUGGCGGCUCCUCCUUUCAUUGCAGAAAGCAGAGGAGCGCCCAACCUUCCGUGUCCUCUUGGGAAACAUCCUGGACCUCAGGGACGAGGAGCCCUGAGAUACUGCCCUCGCACCUCUGCCACCGCCCGACAGACGCUGGAGCUUCUCGAAGGGGCCGAGAAGGAGCCGCGGCGCUCGCUGGGACGCCUUUGCCAGGAGUUUCCUUAGGGGUGGCGGGCCGCUCCGCGCGGUCGGACAGGGCGGUGCUGCCCCGCGGGU